GGCGGUUUUGGGAAGGGACUGGGGCCACAAGCAUCCAAGCGACCUGUAAAGGAGGCGGAUUCAGUUGUUGCAGCCUUAAAAAUCAGGGAGUGGUUCGUUCAUUGCUGUUCUCCCUUGGCAUUGGUCUGCUGCGAUGCUCUGGGUGGCCAAUGCGCCUUGCUGGCCAAUUCCUGCCAGCUUUUGGGUGGUUCGAGCGUCGUUGGCGACCACCUUCUUCGACUUGCAUCAAGCCUCCCCGGACAAAUAUUCCCAGCACACCACUUGUCUCGCGGAGACUGGUUUUGCACCCUUCUGAAUCUUCGGUGUUGCCAAAACCGCCCUCUCUGAUACGUAUCGCUUCGUCGCACGCCGCGAAUCAGCUCCAGAACCACCGUCGACUCGAGAGACCGUUUGCCGACGCCUAUCUUCCAUCUCCGUGGCCCCGGAAGACCACCAUGUGGAUCAUCAACUGGUUCUACGACAUCCUCUCGUCGCUCGGCCUGCUCAACAAGCACGCCAAGCUGCUGUUCCUGGGUCUCGACAAUGCCGGAAAGACGACGCUGCUACAUAUGCUGAAGAAUGACCGUGUUGCGAUUCUCCAGCCGACGCUGCAUCCGACCUCGGAGGAACUCUCGAUUGGCAAUGUGAGGUUUACGACAUUUGAUUUGGGUGGGCAUCAGCAAGCCCGCCGUCUCUGGAAGGACUACUUCCCGGAGGUGAACGGGGUUGUCUUCCUCGUCGACGCCAAGGACCACGAGAGAUUCCCCGAGGCCAAGGCCGAGCUCGACGCACUCCUCUCGAUGGAGGAGCUGGCUAAGGUGCCGUUCGUCAUCCUCGGCAACAAGAUCGAUCACCCCGACGCCGUGUCGGAGGAGGAGCUGCGCCACCAGCUCGGCAUGUAUCAGACGACGGGCAAGGGCAAGGUGCCACUCGAAGGCAUCCGGCCUAUCGAGGUGUUCAUGUGCUCGGUAGUCAUGAGGCAGGGGUACGGCGAGGCCAUCCGGUGGUUGUCCCAGUACGUGUAGCGGACUGCUGGGCGGCGGUGGCGUUAAUCGGCGCGAUGCCGGGCGCGGGAGAACAGGGGUGGGCGUGGGCACGGAUUGUCGGCAGCCACGGGCCAAGUCCGCAGAGACCCUACAUAUAGAGGACU